UUCUCUUUCCAUAAAUAUCAGAGUCGAAAACACACAAACAGACCCAUCUAUACUUCCCUUUCCCUUUUUCUUCUUCUCUCUCAACCUCAAAUCUCCAAGGCCCAAAACUCAGUCUCAGACUCACCGCCUCUCCGAUCCUUCUUCGUCUUGGUUUAUGAGCUCGAAGGAGAGACCCACUCUCGGUGGUACGCGGAUUAAGACCCGCAAACGGAACAUAGCAGCGCCACUGGACCCUGCAGCUUUUGCGGAUGCAGUGGUCCAGAUUUAUUUGGAUAAUGCUGGUGAUCUGGAAGCUAUUGCCAAGAGCAUCGAAUCUUCAGACCUUAACUUCUCUAGAUACGGUGACACCUUUUUUGAGGUUAUUUUCACUGGGGGUCGUACACAACCCGGAACAACCAAACCUGAUGAGGGGGAGCGCCACCCGUACUCUAUAUUAGAUUAUGAGGCCACACGUGAGGUCAUUUUACCAUCUGUUAUCUACAUACAGAAAAUUCUGAGACGGAGGCCAUUUCUCAUAAAAAACCUCGAAAAUGUCAUGCGAAAGUUCCUUCAGUCCUUGGAGCUUUUUGAGGAAAAUGAAAGGAAGAAGCUGGCAAUUUUUACUGCCCUUGCAUUCUCGCAGAAGCUAUCCGGUCUUCCGCCGGAGACUGUGUUCCAGCCACUGCUCAAGGACAAUCUUGUUGGCAAAGGGCUAGUCCUUUCCUUUAUAACUGACUUUUUCAAGGAGUACCUGGUUGAUAAUAGCCUUGAUGACUUGAUUUCAAUUUUGAAACGGGGUAAAGUGGAGGAAAAUCUUCUGGAGUUCUUCCCAUCUGCAAAGCGCUCUGCUGAAGGCUUCUCUGAACAUUUCACUAAAGAAGGGUUGGUGCCAUUGGUUGAAUACAAUGAUAAGAAGAUAUUUGAAGUGAAGCUGAAGGAGAUGAAAUCUGCCCUGACAACCCAGAUAACAGAGGAAACUGAUAUAUCAGUAGUCAUCGAGACCGUGAAGCAGCGGGUGAGAGAUGCUAAACUACCUGACAUUGAGGUGGUGCGAAUUCUGUGGGAUGUCAUAAUGGAUGCCGUUCAGUGGUCUGGAAAGAACCAGCAGCAGAAUGCCAAUUCAGCUCUUCGCCAGGUGAAAACAUGGGCAAAACUGUUGAACGCCUUCUGUACGAGCGGGAAGCUUGAGUUGGAACUGAUAUACAAAGUUCAGAUGCAGUGCUACGAGGACGCCAAGCUUAUGAAACUGUUCCCCGAGAUUGUAAGAUCCCUCUAUGACCAGGAUGUUCUUGCUGAGGACACCAUUCUUCAUUGGUUCCGCAAAGGAACCAAUCCCAAGGGCAGGCAAACUUUUGUGAAGGCCCUGGAGCCAUUCGUGAACUGGCUGGAAGAGGCAGAAGAGGAGGAAUAAUAGAGCAAGCAGAACAACCAAGGCCAUGCUAUGCUAUGGCGUGUGGCGUUGGGUAGCUCUCUGUUUAGUAGCGUUCCCUUAAAUUUGCUGCUGAGAUGUAAAACUCAAAAAAAAAAAAAAUGUGUGCUGUCCUGUGCUGUUGCUAUGACGACUCUCAUGCUUUAUUAUUUUGAAUAAUUAAUUUAACUUUUUUUGCUUUGAUAUCAAAUUUUGAAUUUUCCCCUUUUUAUU